AUGGACGACACUCCAAGACGGGCCCUUAUACGGAUAGGCAUGUUUGCCGCGGUGAUGCUAAUGUUUGGCAGAUCCUGGUGGUUCACCGUCUUCUGCCUGUUCAUCGGCUACCGCGUGUGGAUCACCGACUUCUUUCAGCGGGUCCGCGCCACGAUUUCCCGGGAUGCCAAGGGUUUAAAACUGCUCAUCAGCGUAAAGCGGGAAAUUAAGAGACGACUCGCCAACAACGAGCCCAUCCAUAAGAUUUUCCUUGAAAAGGUGGCCGAACAUCCCCGAAAAACGGCCGUCAUCGAGAUUGAGACCGGGAAGUCGCUGAACUUCGACGAGCUCAACCGACACUGUAAUCAAUAUGCAAAUUAUUUUGAGACGAAAGGCUACAACAACGGGGAUGUGAUUUCGCUCUUCUUGGAGAACAGCAUCGACUUCUUUGCAGUAUGGUUGGGAUUGUCAAAGAUCGGCGUCGUCUCGGCGUUCAUCAACUCGAACCUGAAGCUCGAGCCCCUUGCCCACUCGAUUCGCGUGGCCGAGGGCAAGUCGGUGAUCACCUCCACUAAUUUGUUGCCAAUGCUCAAGGCGGCGAUCGCCCAGAAGCUGCUCCCGGAAGACACGAAGAUUCUGCUCGUCGAUGGGGAUGGAUCGGAAUAUCCUAGUCUGGCCAGGGCGACUCGCGAAAAGUCCGUAUCUACGAACGAGCCACCGAACAAGGGCGUCACCUUCACGAACAUCCUCUGCUACAUCUACACGUCGGGCACCACCGGAAACCCCAAGCCGGCCGUCAUCAAGCAUUUCCGUUAUUUCUGGAUCGCCAUGGGUGCCCAACGAGCAUUUGGAAUCGUUCCCGACGACAAGGUCUACAUCACUAUGCCCCUGUAUCACAGCGCGGCAGGAAUUAUGGGCAUCGGUAGCGUGAUCGUCGCCGGAACGACGGCCGUCAUCCGCAAGAAGUUCUCGGCGUCUAACUUCUGGAAGGACUGCGUCAAGUACGAUUGCACCGCUAGCCAAUACAUUGGAGAGAUUUGUCGUUAUCUGUUGGCACAGCCCGAAUCGGCCGAGGAGAAGAAGCAAAAGGUGCGCGUGAUGUGGGGCAACGGACUGCGGCCCGAGAUCUGGAAGCCGUUCGUUGAGCGCUUCCGCAUCGAGCGCGUCGGCGAGCUGUACGGGUCGACGGAGGGCAACAGCAAUAUUAUCAACAUCGACAACCACGUCGGCUCGUGCGGGUUCUUUCCCAUCUACCCGCACAUUGGCCAGCUGUACCCCGUGCGGUUGAUCAAGGUCGACGAGGAGACCGGCGAACUUGUGCGAGGACCGGACGGCUUGUGCGUGCCCUGCUCACCCGGCGACACUGGCGAGAUGAUUGGCGUGAUUAAGAGCAACGAUCCGCUCCUGAAGUUUGAGGGUUACGUGAACAAGGGCGACACGGCAAAGAAGAUCUAUCGCGACGUUCUGCGCAAGGGCGACCAGGUGUUCGCUUCCGGCGAUAUUCUCUACUGGGAUCUUCUGGGCUACCUGUAUUUCCGCGAUCGACGAGGAGACACAUUCCGGUGGAAGGGCGAAAACGUGUCCACCACCGAGGUCGAAGGCAUUCUGCAGCCGGUCAUGGAGGUCGAGGAUGCCACCGUUUAUGGGGUUGAGGUCGGAAAAAUGGAGGGUCGAGCUGGAAUGGCUGGCGUCGUCCUGGUGCCCGGAGUCGAUCACGAGAAAUUCCUGCAAGACAUCGCCCAGCGGCUGACCUCCAACCUCGCCUCCUACGCCGUGCCCGUGUUCAUCCGAUUCCUGAAGGAGGUCGACAAGACUGGCACGUUCAAACUGAAGAAGCUCGAGCUGCAGAAGCAGGGCUACGAUCUGGCAAAGAGUGGCGGAGAUUCCAUCUACUACUGGAGCGCCGCCGACAAGGGCUACUGCCUCCUGACCGCCCAGCUCCAAUCCGACAUCGACCACGGCAUCUAUGCGAAAUUC